CGCCCCCCGGCCCGGCCCCGAGCAUGCUCAGUGCCGCCCUGACCUACUUUUCCCCUGCCGGAGCCGGCAGCGGCGGAGCGGCGGGUAGCGCUGCGACACGGCACGGCGCGGCACGGCACUGCGGCAGCGCCGCGCUCCGCCCGCCCCGGCCCCGGCAUGGUGCUGCGCGGGGCGCGCUGAGGGGCACGGCGGCGGGCGCUGCCGCGGGGCGGCGGCGGCAGCAGCGUGCGAGCGGGAGCAGCCGGCGGGCAGGGUAGUCUCAUGAGAUAAAACUCCAUUUCGGUAGUGCCCUGAGGGAACUACAGUCUAAAACUUAAGAGCCAGAGCGGUCCUGCAAUAACUAUCGAAUACUGUUUCUUCACGGGGCAGAUUCGAACAGCAUAGGACGAGGGAGCCUAAGAGAACAGAGAGCACUACGGAGCGGGUACUUUUCUAGUGCCUUUAUGUGGAGAGUCUUGUAAGAGACUACGCUUCCUCACAGUCCUCUUUCAGUUGUUAGAUUGAAGUAUCUCAGAUGGAGCUUCCCUGAUAACCCUGCUCCGGAAAUAAAAGCACCAACUGUGUAAGCAAUGCUAAAUACUAAAUGUGACCUCAUUUGGAUAUUUCAAACAUAAAAUUGCACAGAUCAAAGUAGAACUCUUGUGUGACUUCCUCACCUCAAGGGCCUGUGUUCAACAGAACCGAUCCCAGUUCCCAGCCAGUUGUGUAUACUACUGAAGGAAAAUGAACAUACUGAACAGCCACCACUUUUUGUACUUUCUGCCUACCACACGCCUUGUCAUCUUAUUAGCAGCUUUGACAACUGCUAAGGAUGUGACUAACAGCACUUUCAACCACACUGACAUGAACGUGGGAUCUGUGCCUGUGGUGAUCUCCCGCAUCGACCAUGUUAUAGUCAAGGAAGGGAGUAGUGCCUUGAUCGACUGCAAUGUCCAAGGUAGUCCUAGUCCACAUUACAGAUGGUACAAUUCCAACGGCCACCUUCUCCAAGAGGAGGAGAAUAAAGCAGGAAAAUGGUGGUUUCUUGACAAUGGGCUACUAAACAUUACCAGCGUGUCUUUUGAAGACAGAGGUAAAUACACAUGUGUCGCAUCUAAUACAUAUGGCAGUGUUAACAAUACUGUGACGCUGAGGGUUGUUUUUACCUCCGGUGAUAUGGGAAUCUAUUACAUGAUUGUCUGCCUUGUAGCUUUUACCAUUGUUAUGAUACUGAACAUUACUCGGUUAUGUAUGAUGAGCAGUCACCUGAAGAAAACAGAGAAAGCAAUCAAUGAAUUCUUCAGAACAGAAGGGGCAGAGAAACUCCAGAAAGCCUUUGAGAUUGCAAAGCGUAUCCCAAUUAUCACUUCAGCCAAAACGCUCGAGCUUGCCAAAGUAACCCAGUUCAAGACCAUGGAAUUUGCUCGCUAUAUUGAAGAGCUUGCUCGGAGUGUACCUUUGCCACCUCUCAUCAUGAACUGCAGGACUAUAAUGGAAGAAAUUAUGGAGGUUGUCGGUCUGGAGGAGCAAGGACAGAAUUUCGUACGGCAGACAGCAGAAGGCCAGGAAACCACUGAUACAGAUGAGCUGUAUAUGAUUCCGAAUGCUUUGAAGCGUAGUGACUCUCCCACAGCUGAUUCUGACGCAUCGUCACUGCACGAGCCACCUCAACAGAUUGCAAUAAAAGUGUCAGUUCACCCAUUGUCCAAAAAGGACUGCAUGGACGGUCAGUCACAAGAAAGCAUGCAGUUGGACACCAAGGAAGAAGACACUCCUCAAACACCAGCACUUCCUGCAGAGCCCCCUCCUGAGCUUUCUGCUGAACUCAGUUCUGAUGACACAGCAUUGGCAAAUGACAAAAAUACAUGCAUUAUAUAUGAAAGCCAUGUAUGAUAGUUACUCCUGAAUCUAUGCAUAGCAGGAAAAUCAGGUGGAGCUCUUUUAAAUAUACAUAUUGUACUUGCCGCUAAGCCUUACCUGGAGACUAUCAUAGCAAAAGCAUGUAUGUGGAUUAUUUGGCACUUUCUUCUCAGUUUGACUUUAGUUUACCAUGAUGUAUGGCAGAGUAAUUGCUAUUACAUUAAUAUUAAUUGCUCUUUUCAAUUAGGAGUAUUUCCAAGAAACAUUUACCUCAGCAAUUUCUAGGUUGGAGCCACCCAUAGUGGCCUCCUGGAAGUCAUUGGUAGUCUUUGAUGUAGGACACUUGAACUUACUAAACAUAAAACUGGUUUUCAUUUUCCUCCUUCACUCUCGUUAUUUCCAUCUAUUGCAUUUUUGCAAAUAUUAUCUUGUGAAUUUGAAAUAUUGCCCAAGAGGCAGCACUCCAGUAGUCAAAUAAAAUCCUAAUAGAUCCCAUUUACAAAGCCUGUUUGCUCAGCUGCAUUGUGAUUUAGAGGGCUAUUAAAGAAAGUUAAAAUGUUUCCAUUUCAUUUGAGACCACACUGCUUAGGCACAUGGGAAAUAGCUUUCCCUUUUCCAUGGAAUGAAGAUGCCAAUAAUUGUUUUUUUCACAUCAAGAAACAACUUUGAGGUGUAUUUUGCAGAUGGGAAAGCCCAUAAACAUCUUACAGAAAGUUCCAGUCCAACAGCCCUGCAGGGUUUUUUUGCAUAUAUUUGACCAUUUUUUACUUUGCCAGAAGUUUAUAUGGAAAACAGCAGCAAAUAUGCAAGAUGUCUUGUUUUGUAGUAAUUUGGUAGGAGUAAGUAUGCACUACCUUACCAGAAGAUAUGCAGGUUCCUUAACAGUCCUGCAAACGCCCGUAAUCAGCUGAUGACAAGGCUGAAACGGCAGAAGAGCCUUUUAUUGGGAUUCUCAAUUUUGUGCAGAUUCAUAUUCUGAAGAUCAAUCCUAAAUUAAUCUAUAAGCAUAAGGUUGAGAGUGUUUCAUCCAAACUAAAAAAAAAAAAAAUUAUAAUCAAGUGUCCUGUGAAAUUACAAUGACGAUCACACAAACUAUUUACUGUGUUAUAAUUGCUUUGGUAUUUUAAGAACCUCCUACCUACGUAGGACGUUCACUGCUUGAGUACAUGUGACUCUACCCCAGUAAAGCUUUAAUGAUCACAGCGAUUGUGGCAUUAAAAAGGAUCAACAUUUAUGCCAGGAAAUGCCAGGGGUGGAAGGGAAGUGAUAAUUUCUAUUGCAGACAGACAAUAAAAAGGACCGUCUCCGGAGUGAGUCUGGAAAGAAAGCACUUACAAGGAGGAAUUUGUGUAGUAUUAAUAGCAUAUUACUUAGUUACCUGACACACAUUUAAUUUGCAACUAAUGAACAACCUAUCACCUUGCAGUUUUUAAGAAGGAGUGUAAGUACAGAUACUCAAAAUAAAUCUGGAAUCAAGUAUAUUGCAGAAAAAGAAGUCACCUAGGUCUAUGGGCAGACGAUGUGUGGAUGGCUCUCUGGACAUUUUAUUGAUGUAGCCACAUCUGCAUAAGGUGUCCAUUGGAGGCAAUCAGGUAUAUUAACUGCGCAGGUAAUUGAGACCAAACAAAGUCAAUGUUGCAGCUAUCUAAAAAAACCCUUGAUAAUGAACUGAGGUCUUAUGUCAACUUCCUCAUGUUAAAGUGCAGAGCUUCCCUAGCAGUGUAAUACAGGAACACCCCAUGACUUACGUAGGUGAUGCAGAGAAGGCUCCAUAUCUUUUCUAUGGUUAUUAAAAAAAAAUACAUGUUUAAUAAUGGACUUCAGAUUUUACGACCAACUUGUGAAAAUGACAGCAUUUAGUUGCCUAGUAUUUGUUUGUGUUCACCACAGUGGCAGGUAUCUAUAUAAAAUGCAUUUGCACAUGCUCAAAAGGAAACAUGCAAGGGCAAAGUCCCUUUAGGAAUGUGGCUGGAAAUAUUUUAGUUCCAGCAAAGCAAUAUAAAUCUAGAACACAGGGUAGAUUAAGAGAAUACCAUAAAGAACCUCACUUCUGACCAGUGCAAUUGAAAAUACUACUGAUGUAAACUGUUAACUUCCUGUCUGAGUCCUAAGUACAUUUCUGUUUAGUGUUCACAUCAGUUUUUCAAGUUACUUAAUUUGCUUCUGGUGUGAAAAAGGACAAGAGCAGAAACAAAAGCAGGAACUUGCAGUAAAUUCUUUUAAUUCACCUUAACCUCCUGAAAAGAGGGGGAUCUUGAUUUUUCUGCCUGUCCAGUAUUUACAAACAAUGCUCAUGCAUUCUAAAGUUACCUGCCUGGUGCCCAGCUAAGAUUACACAGAUGAGCAAGGAUGUUCUCCUUGAAAGCAUAAAAAUAACUUCUAAAUUACACUUUAAAAAAAAAAAAAAGAGUUUCAAAAUUAUUUAGUAAACUACAGUUUUUUAAUUUUAAUUGUUUUUUAAUUAUGAACUUUUUAGAGUAGAGACCAGACCCCUUCAUGUAUUCAUGUGGUGAUUGGUACCAGGCAGUUCUGAUCCUGACUGCUGCCCUCAGACUGGUCUCCAGCCUGUUUAUUAUUUAUUUAUUGAGAAACAUUUGAAAGCAAAUAAUCCCCAUGGUUUUCUUCAGUAUCUCUGUGUAAACUUCCUUGAAGAUACAGAUUAUGUUUUUUUCCAAAGGUUGCCCACAAAGAGCAUAUAUUUGAAGUACACACAAACGUACAUUGCAAACCACGUAUGAGCGACAGUUAUUUGGAUUAGAUGCAUGUUAAUAGGUGUAGUGCUGAAUUCCUGCUGUUGCAAGGUCAAAGGGAACUUCGACUUUGCUGGAGCUGGACUCACUCACAGCUGAGAGUUCACAGGUAGGACUGGUCCAGCCAGUCUGCUAUAAAUUCUUUGGACAUUUAGCUUUGUGGUAUUAUCAGAAUAAAAGCAAAACAGCACUGUAUCUGAAGAAAAUACAGAUUGUAAUGGUUCUGAUUUAUGGGGGGGUUUUUUCUGUUUUCAUGUAUGCUGCUCAGUAUCUUUAUGCAUCCAUCAUGUAACACCUGUAAGCCUAAAGCUUUUUACGUGCUUUGAGGCACUUCCUUUGUGGGAGAUAGAUGGGAAGCAAGACCCAAACCCUUCUUUCCUGUUCCAAACUUUCUGGCUGUGCUGUUAUAAAGUAAACAAUUCUGUUUGGCAGUAUUUCUUAGGGAAUGGAUAUUUUAUGGUGCAAGAACAUAAUCAACAAGUGUAAAAUUAAUGAUGGCUCUAAGAAAACAUUAACGUUUGCACUGUUGUGUAUUUUCAUGCACCUUAAGCACUUCAGGGACAUUAGAGUGAUUUGCUCCCUUCAUUGGACUAUGCACAUCUUUUGUUACAUUGUUCUAUUUAUUGUAUCACCAAACACUAAUGGUUCUUAAAAUACUCAGUGUCUAGAAAAUCCAGUCCAACUGUAUUUGUGUUCUAAAAGCAUAAGAAACACCAAGCCAGGCUUAGAAAGGAAGAGAGAUUUGCAGGAUAUAUUUACACGAUUUUAAAAUAUUUUUGCCAAAACUUCAUGAAACAUGACUAGAUUUCUGCAGCACAAGAAAUCACUGUUGGAUUUGAAUUUCACACUUACUGUUCUUUUUUCACUAAAUGUAAGAGCAUAUUAAUCAGACCACUUGAACAUAGUACUCACUAUCUACUUACUCAACAUUUUCUUUCUGAGUAGCAUUGGUUUACUGAUGAUCCUUUUUUGCUCUCUGAUUUGAAUAUGCUUGUGAUGAAACCUACCCUUCAGUCAUAUUUUGAGAUUGUAAUUUAAAAAAACUUUAUAAGCACCCAUAGAUCAGCAUUUUGAUUCAGGUUUAUUGGUAUUAGGAAAGGUACAGCAGUUCACUCCUGUGCUUAAAAAUUACUGUAUAAUCAUAAGACUUGCAGAAUGGCAUAUGCAGGCAGAUGUUGAUUUUUUUAAAAUCAGUGCCUGUUUUAUUCUAAUGUACAUACUAUGUCAGUUCCUUAAUUUGCAGUUACCCUUUGACAAAAGUACUGUAACUUAUAACCAGGGCUUUCUGAUGUUCAAUUUGGUUCAGAUCAACUAAUUCUGGAAAGUGUUAACAGUGUCAAAUUUUAAAAGUUCUCAUGGAAUAUCUUGGCAGCAUGCUAUUUUAAGAGUUGGCCUCUUAAGAAUGCCAUACUUAGUGGGACAACUGAAAGCUUCUUAGAUGCAAAGGAAAUGCUUGCACUAAAGUAUCUUAACUUAUAUUUCAUUUAUUAUGAAAUCCUUUUUGAUUUUACAAGAAAUGUAAGACAAAUAUGAAUGUGUUCUUUUGAGAAGCAAUUACUGUAUUUUGAUUUAAAUAACUGUUAUGAUUUUAUAGUUCACAGCCGUAAACCACAAAGAGACCAGUUCAUGCUGAAGUGGCAAAAUGAAAUGUGAUCCAGCUUGUAAAUUGAUCAUUGUUUCAAUAAAGAAUUUGCACAGAGUAUGCUGAGUUUGUACACACUCAACAAGAUGAUAAUUUCCUACUAAGAGUAUGCCAUGGCUCCAGUUCAAGUGUAAGUGAACUAUGUCUCUCAUUGUACAUCUGCUAAUAUUCCAGAAACUUUGAUCAGGAGAAGGAGUUAUUUACCUAGAAAGGAAGUUUAAAUAAAACUCUGAAAGGGAGCUGUUAUCAUUAUUCAGAAUAUAGACCCAAUUGUUAGUCAGUGUUGUUAUCAAUAGCCUAGAUUGCUCAUGUAUGUAGCAUCUUCUCUUUGGAAGUGUGUCAGCACUUCCACAUGUAAUCCAAAGGACUUUUUUGUCUGCUGUUUCCCCUCUGAGCCCUGUCGUGGGGCCUUGCAAAAAGUCUUGCUGCUGUUUCAGAGUUGGGGCCAAUGAAGUAAAUGUCUUUUCUCCCAGAGGCACCCUAGUACCAAGACAAAAUAGAAGUGUGUGUUGCCAUACCUGCCCCCGUUCCUUCAUCCACCCUAAAAGGAUGAAGUGAAAUGGCUUUCCUGUCCCACAGCAGUUGGACUAUAUCACGCCCUAACAGUCUUCAGCAGGACCUAGUUGAAGCAGACACUGUAAUACCUUGUGCUGGCUCUGCUGGUGCUACACAACUAGCAGCCAGUGGCAGUCACUGACAGAGAUGGAGUGGGGGGGACUUGCCCUUUCACACAUGAAAGAUUUGCUCUUGCCAGCUGCCUGUUCUAAGCUGAAAAACAUAGCCAAUAGCAGGAAAACAAUAGCUAUUUCAUGUUUUAACUCUUCUGUUUGAAAGAGUGCUGCAAUUUUGAAAAAUAUUUUCAGAAACAUUUUUAUUCAACAGUUUCAGUUGAGUUAAUGGGGCUGAGACAUCCACAAUUUAUCUACAAAUACCUAUGAAAAAUAGUGAAAGGGUCACAAACUGAUCAUAAAAAUGGAAUACAUAUGGCUAGAACCAUAUGCUAUUUUAUUGUUUCAGCAUGGGACCCUGUCUUGCAAUGGGGGCAGUUGGACAUGCUGUGACUUUUUUUUUAUAUGGAACAGCAUCACUUCAGGAUGCUCCGCUCCAGCAUGCUGAACUCCUCCAACAGCUUUGUUGGAGCAUUUUUCAGGAAGGCAAGGUACCACCAACCAGUUGGUCUCAGUGAGCUACGCUCCUGAAGACUGUGAAACAGGCUGCCCCCAGCACUUCUUAUGAUGAGAAGAUGUUUAUCAUGUGGAGGAGACUGCCUUACAUCAGUACUAUAGCGGCACUCCAAAACUAAAAGCUGCUGGUGGUAGUAACUCCACAGAGACAAAGAUGGGGACAGUGGGAGGUCUCUGCUCUCCUACUAAGACGAGCCAGGGACAGAUGGUGCAUAGCUCAGGGCUAGUACCCCAGAUAUUCGCAGCGCUACAGCACCACUUUCCCACAGGACUGGAUAUUUUCUAGCCCACAGCCUGCACUAGUGCCUGGAAUAACCUGCUAAGAGACUUGAGAAUCGGUUCCUUUUCAGUGUCCAUUUCUUCCAUCUCUUCCUCUCUCCGUUCUACCUUCCUGUGCUUUUUUCUGUCCCCACCAGCUCCACAGUGCUACUUCUCAAAUGAGAAGAGAGUGAAAUUAGUGGUCAGGACAAGUGUUUCUGCACUCCAGGCACCUCUGUGCCAAACUGACCUUUCAUAAGUCCCAAAAUGGACUUUUUUUUUUCCCAGCUGUACCAGGCUUUAAUUCUAUGUCCUAUAUUUAGCUUUCUGGCUCCCAGGCCCAAACUGAGUCAUUAUACUCUUACAGUAAAGGCUGACUCGUGAAUCCAUGGUAUCAUGUAUAAGUCUGUAAAUUGGUCAAAGACAGUAAUAUAAACUGAAGCUAAGUUACCAAUUUCUUACUCAAAAUCAGAAUGUAUGGCAGCAAACAAUAAAUGUGGCAGACUUAGGACACUCAAGUUAUGUAACGAGAAGCUAUUUCAUACUACAAGAAGACAAGACAAGAAAGAGAAAAAAUAACAGCCAGCCUUGUAUAGCAUGGAGAAUACAUGUAAAACCUUGCUUAUGAUUGAGUAGAAAUUUAGCAUCAGUAUCAAAUCAGUUUGCCAUUCUAUAGCCACUUUAUAUUUUGAGAACAGAUUCCUGUUAUAUCUACUCUAACCAGACCUUUCCUGUGUGGGCAAGCACCUUAGGCAUGGAAAGAGUACAAGAGGUAUCAGAAAGAGCCUUGUCUCCCUCAUCUACCAUUUUUUAAAUUAUUUUCAGGACUAUUUAGCUAUGCAUCAAAGGCCAACCACAGACUGCCACCCUGUCCUGUUGUGGAGCCACGGAGUUUGGGAGCUCCUGUUUGAGAUGCACAAGCUGGUCUUUCCGAAAUACCUGUGUCUUCUCUUGCAUAGGUUUUGAUUAUACCACCCAAUAAACCACUCAUAUUUAUUAAUGGCUCGGGCCCAGUCAUUCUGAAUUGAUAAUUACAGAGAAGAAAAAUAAAUGCUGCCACCACCUCCCUCUUUCUGAAGCCUCUUACUGUUUCUACCUCAAGAUUAGCCCUGACAGAUAGCUCCUGAGUUAUUUGGAUAUCCUUUAACUCCUUCCUGCUGGUGAACACUACCUUAGUCGGAAAGCAGGAUUGAAAAAAAAGUAUCAGCCAGAAAAAGAAGCUCCCUUCUAAGGAGACAAGCAUGGAUCCUGCCUCUUUAAAAUGCUUCAUUAUCCUUCCCUCUAAUACGUGCAGAGUAAACAGCCUCAGGAAAAGGCGGUAAAAAAUAGAAAUAAAUUUAAGAAGAUUAAAAUGGAAAAUUUUUCUCCUCACUCGAAACUUCCACAGGUGAUUUAUCUUCCGAGUAUAUUAAAUUCUAACUCAUUUAAUCAUGUGUUCAUUUGUUUUUAAACAUACUCAAGUGGAGGAAAAGGACAUUCCUAAAAACAAUGAAAUUUUCACCCCCAACCCCAAAGUAAAUUAUCACAAAAAUAUGGAACAUAUUGCCCAGCCCUUCUCUCAGGAUACCUUUUAUCAGGGAAGAUAUUUCUAGUCAUUUUUAUGGUUCUGCUUAGGUGACCGCAGCUUCCUUAAGGGAUUGGUGGAAGUGAGUUUCUUUUCUGCUGUCUUCUUCUUGGUUAAACAUUCUCUACCCUGUGUGAUCUCUUCUUUGUGUAUAAAAAUCAAUAUUCCACUGAAGAUUUAUCUUCUUGCUUCCUUUCCCCAUUCCAUUUUGAUACCUUUUUUUUGUGUUUUGUUUUGCUGCUUGGAUUUUGUUUUGUUUGCCCUAAAAUUCCACACGUUUUAAAAUAAAUCAGAGGAUCCUAAUGUUUUUUCAGUUGCCUGUUUUGGGGCAGGAUCGCUCACACCCAUCUGUAUAAUUCAAUUUUAAUUAUGCAGAUGUACAAUUAACUACUCCCAGAUUGGUGCAGGAUGAACUAAUCAAUAGGCUGCAGCAGAUUUAUUUUGCAGAACAGCAUCAACAGAACAGGUAAAGCCAUAAUUCCCAAGAUACAAGUGAAAUGAGUGUCCUCAGGCAUAUAUGCGUCUAUGAAUAUGCUAUGUUCUUUUGUUUGUUCACUUCAAAAAACUUAUAUAUGAUACAUGUCUGCCUUAAAUAACAUGUUUCUUUUUGCUUAGCUUCCCAUCAUGGAUGCAAUAGCACAUUUGCACUGUUCCUACACUUGUACAUCAGCUAUCCAUUAUCUGGAUUCAUUUAUCUUUUUCAUUGGAUAGCUUGCCAAGUGCAGGGGCCUCUCUAAAUUAGAUAUUUUUGAAGACACUGCAGACAGCUUGGUAAUACUAUGUAAAUGAUAUUAAUUUCAAAUGCAUUGAUAAAUGCUUUUUCACAUUUUUUAACUGAAAUGCUGUAUUUCUAUAUAGGCUGAUAUUUACAUGUUAAUGGCGUCUGUUUUUCUGUAUUCUUUUAACCAGAAACUCCAGUUUUUCAUAAGUGUGCAGUAAAAUGACAGUAAUCUGCUGCUGAAUAAAACUGCUUUUUGCAA